GAGCUCAUCGUAGCCGCCAGAUGUUGAUGAAGCUGUAUGUCCCGGAAGAGCUACACCUGAUAGGUGCAGCCUGACAUGGCGUUCUGGCAAGAAGGAUGGUAUGGAAUCGACAGGUGAUCCGGUUAUGUUUAGUUACGUUACAUGUGGUGAAUGAGUAUGAAUCUAUCGUUCAGCUUAUGUAUCCCUGGACACUAUUCUCUUAUAUAAUGCUUCUUUGUUAAUCAUCCACUAUUAGUCAUCCAUUCACAUUGUCAGGACUCAUGAUCCAGUUAGUUGCGGCUAGAAAUGGCGACUACUGCUUUCUUUUUAAUGAAAUUAGUAACAAUUGAUAAAAAUCUAAAACUCGAUCUUGCUAUUUCUUUUUCCAAACAAAUGAUAAUGAUGUAAUUUUGUGCUAUAAACUAAAUUUGUUGUCCAGAUGAUAAUUCACUUUCCUUUUCACUUUUUGAGGUGAGAUAGAUGGACCGUAAUAGGACUUGUGUUUACUCAUUUUUGUUGUUUUCUUUUCCGUAUGAGUAUUUCUUUUCCAUGUUGAGUCAAAUGCCCCAGAUAUUUUUUUUCUUUUACUUUUCAGGUUUCCUGGAACUAAUAGAUGGAGGGGGUGCUAGGGCUGUGUUGGGGUUGGAUGAAUUGCUCUGUCGAAUUUGUUCGCUGCUGUGUAGUAGUAUGUACAACAUAAUUGUAAUGGUCCCUUUUUGUUUCAUGAAGUAGAUGUAGUUUUCCGUGCAAAGAUAGCAAUUUUAUAAUUUACUCAGCUUGUUUGUUAAAACUAGAGUCUGUAGAAACUAGACAGGACGGUGCUAUGUUCCUGUCUAACUGUCUUUUUCUCUGAAUAUUUUGUUUAGAACUUGUUCCUAGCAGAUUUGAAAAUUCUGGAGAGGAGAUAGAUUGCAGCAGUACAGCCUAUCGCAUGAUGGAGAAAAGGAGCGUAGAGAAGAACAUUUGGCUUGAGCUGGAACGUGAGGGAUUUCAUCUACUGAAUGGACUUAACCAACAAGGACAUAGAAGCACUCUUGGUUUUAGGAGAAAAGCUCCUCCGGAUAGCUCGGGAUUCGACUACACUUGGACAAAAGAUCCUCUGAAGUUUGAUAACUCCUACUUCAUUGAGCUUCUGAAAGGGGACUCCAACGGACUCAUGAAGCUGCUUACAGACAAGGACGCGUUCUUCAGGGACUACGCGAAGUCGCACAAGAAGCUUUCGAAGCUCUACUUUACUGCCGUGGACAUGCAGAGACAAAGCCAAGAGGGCUGUCAGACUGCAAGUCUCCAUGUUUAGAUGAUUGCGAUUCAGUUAUGGGUUCUGAAGAACAAAGUUAAUCGACCAUUGAAUGUUGUGCACUCGUAUUUGUAAUUAAUCUGUUGAUACAGUGACGAGGAUGCAGAUAUAUGCUACCAUCCAUGUAAUAUUAUUAAUGGGGUAAGAAAAUUGUCAAUUAUGCAAGUA